AUGUACGAUCGCGCGCGCGAAUCUAGCUCUGCCGCCGCCGACAGCGCGUGUCCCGUGCCGGAAGACGCGCUGGACCCGCGAAAUAACAUGCCGAGCGAGCCGGCGCAAGGGCGGGCGCCGGGACAACGGGACGCGCUGAGCGUCGCUCGCGAACGCUCGACGAUUCCCAAGAGCGGCAGCGAUGGUGGUACGUGGACGUACCCGUCGCCGCAGAUGUUUUAUAACGCAUUGGUACGUAAAAAUAAAGCCGAGGACGUGGAGGAGAGCGAUAUGGACAGCGUGGUGAUGGUGCACAACGCGAUGAACGAGGACACGUGGCGACGCGUGGCGCAGUGGGAAAAGUUGCACGCGUACGCUCGCGGGCAGCCGAUGCUGCUGCGAUUUCGCGGACGACCGGACGAGUUGAGCCCGCUCGCGAUGGCGCGAUUGAUGACCGGGGGCGCGCGACCGUUCGAUAGACACGAUUGGUACGUCGAUCGCGAAGGGCGCGAGGUGCGAUACGUCAUCGAUUACUACUUCAACGAGGACAAGGCGGGGACGAGCGAACAAUUCGACGUCGUCGUCCGUCCCGCCCUCGACAGCGUCGACGCGGUUUUGGACCGAAUCAAAAUGAACAUUUACAUCACGUGCGCGCGAUUCGGGAUUCCGUGUCCCGUGAGCGGCCACGGCGGCGAAAUCGAAAUCGACUAG